AUGUCUCAACCGUCUCACGACCCCGUCCAGACCGCGCCUCACGGCACCACCUACAACAACACCAUCUUCCCCCUCGAGGGCGGCUGCGCCUGCGGCAACAUCCGCUACGCCCUCACCGCCGCGCCUCUCGUCGUCCACUGCUGCCACUGCACCUCCUGCCAACGUGAGACCGGCACCGCCUUUGCGGUAAACGCCGUCGUCGAGGGCGAGCUGGUCACACUCCUGCCGGGCACCGCUACCACCCUCCAACAGUCCAUAACCUUCCCACCGUCCCUUCUAGACACCUGGACCCCUAGACAAGCCAGGCCCAGGCCCCUCGAGGACGGUCCCGGCAGUUCGGAUUGCCUGCCAGACGACACCACCGCCACCGCCUCACCGAUCCUCCUCCCUGUUCCCGCAGAGUCAGGCGCGCCGCAGAACAUCGCGCGCUGCCCCGUCUGCCUGACCGCAGUCUGGAGCAACUACGACGACUGCCCCCUGCUCAAGUUCCUGCGCGUCGGAACGCUAGAUGCGCCGGCGACGCUCGCUGCGGGCCCGGACCUGGUGCACAUCUUCGUGCGGAGCAAACAGUCCUUCUUUGAGAUUCCAGACGACGGGAAGCUCCGCUUUGAGGGGUUUUAUCCGCAGAAGGAGGGCGUCUGGCGACCCGAGGCGAUGGUAAGAAGGGAGAAGCUUCUGGCCAGAAUCGCAGAGUGGGAGAAGCAGAAGGAGAUUGGUGGAUAG